AUGUCUUUCUUUUCACUUUCUGUUGCGCACCAUGUCAUUCUUUAUAGCGUUUUACUAUCAGUCUCUACUGCAACACCCUUAGUUUCUCGCAAUUCCACCGGACAAUUUACAUUCGAUGAGAUCACACCUUCCGAGAUCUUGACAUGGUAUCCAUGUUAUGACAGUUACAAGUGCGCCAAGCUAGAUGUCCCUCUUGAUUAUUCACUUCCAAAUGGAACUCGAGCAUCAUUGCCUCUAAUCAAGAUUGAAGCACAGCUCAAUGGAACUACCGAUAAGUACCAGGGAAUGCUGUUGACAAAUCCAGGUAUGUUCCUCAUUCCCCUACAAUUCCUUUUGCUCAUCGAUCUAGGUGGACCCGGAGAAUCUGGAGUCAACUGGAUUCUACAGCACGGUUACGCCGACUUGUUUUCCGUAAUACCAAAGACCUAUGAUCUCGUUUCUUGGGAACCUCGAGGUUUGGGAUACAGCAACCCAGCAGCGGAUUGUCAACUUCCAAGUUCAGCAAAGUCGAAACGUGCUUAUGGGAUCUCAGGACCAGACGUCACAGAUACAUACUACGCCGAUAUAUUUCAGGCAGCUGCGGGACUGGGAGCACAGUGUCAAGCAACAAUUGGAGGGCCAGAUGGGGCUGGACAGCAUAUGACUACUCCAGUAGUUGCAAGAGACAUCAUCAGUAUCUUGGACGCUUAUGCCCAGACUGAUGAAGGAAAAAGUGUGGAUUCUCCAGCAGAUCUGAAUUACUGGGGAUUCAGCUACGGUACUGUACUCGGACAGACCUUCGCAUCGACCUAUCCAGAUCGCGUGGGUCGAUUUGCUAUGGAUGGAGUUGUCGAUGGAACCGAUUACUACGCUCAGGGGCUAUUCUCAACAAGUUACUACUCCGAUGCCAUCGUGGAUAUCUUCUUUGAAUACUGUUUCCAGGCUGGUCCUGAACUAUGUCCAUUCUCGACGGGAAUCAGUUCCCAAAGCAUCAAAACGCGUUUCCUAAAUCUCUUUAACAAAUUCGACGUCGCAAAAGCAUAUGCCGAAAAAUGGGAAAACGCAACCACGCUUGAGAACUCACUUGGCACAAUGUUAUCGACCCUGCGAGUAAUGACAUACACACCUGUCACCGGAUUCCCCCAGAUGGCGCAGACCCUUGUAGCAUACGAAAACACACUCAGCAACUUGACUUUAGAAAACAUCCAAAUCGCCAGUCAAAUUGCAAUUCCCGCAGAAAUUGACAUCCCAGGAGUCAGUCCUGCAUUGCAAGAAUGGACACCAGCUGUAUUCUGCUCAGAAUCUUCAUUCCUGCACAACAAAACCAUCGCCGAUUACGCAGAGAGCAAUUCGAUGCUUAGGAACCAAUCGUAUGUUGCGCAUGUGGGAUGGACGUCGUUGAAGAUAUUGUGCACUCUCGGCGCAGCAACCAAAAAUCCAGUCCUCUUCAUCAGUAACACAUUCGACCCCGCAACAGCCAUCGACAACAGCAAAAUCUGGCUCCCCCACUACAAAAACUCACAACUCCUCACCAUUGACGCCGUUGGCCACUGCUCAUUCAUCCUCAAAAACGCCUGCGCGAACAAGAAAAUUCAUGAUUUCUUUCAGACCGGAAAGAUGCCGGGGACAGAUCACUUUUGUGCGUCGGAGAAGGGACCGUUUGGUGUUACGCUCAAGGAUUUAGGAAGUUUCCUGCCGACUGCUGAUGAGAAGGCCGGGGGUGGUAAUGGAACCGCUGAUGGAGCGAUAUCUACGCCGGUGACUGGCGGAGCGGGGAGGAGGGAUGGGGAUGGGGUGUAUGGUGGUUUGGUGCUGGGGAUGGUUAUGUCGUUCGCCGUCUGGUUGAUCUAA